CCUCUCACACUCUUCCUUCGAUACACCCCUUUUUGCUUUCCACACGUCAGGCCUACAUUCGCUAUCUUGACCAGUCUUGAUUUACUGCCGGGUUGAUCUGGCCUUGGGACCGAAGUGUCUCGUCCAAGUGUCAUUCUUAAGCUGUAGCCUACGAUUGAUCUACCCCCCCACGUGUUAUCCAUCCUCUUCCGAUAUCUACAAGCCAGACUCAUGUCCGGUGCCGAAGCCACAGCCGUUCUAGGUGUCAUAUCUUCGGUGAUUGCAAUUGUCGAAGGGAUCAAAAAAGUCUACGAUGCAGCUUCGAGUGCAAAUGGCCUUCCGGAGGCCUUCCGCGAGGUCGCAGGACGUCUCCCAAUAAUCACGGGUAUUCUCGAGUCCGCAGAACAACAUAUACGUGAUGGACAAUUGGAUACAGCCUUGUAUGAGAAGACGAAGCUUCUGAUUGAGAAGUGCAAAGAGAGAGCGAUGAUACUGGAUGGCAUUUUCCAAAAGGUCCUCCCAGCAGGUGAUGCCUCACGUUGGGCUCGGUACAUUGGUGCUGUAAAGGCACUAGGCAAAGAAGGGAAAGUGGAAACGUUGAUGAAAGGAUUAUUGGAUGAUUUGCUACUCCUAGCGAGCAGGAAUGGACUGGAAACCGCCACGGCUGACCAGGUCGAUCAGCUCGGGAAGGCUAUCGAGGAUUUAUCAGGCAUCGAACCCUCGAUCCCCGAUUCUGAGUUUCGGGAGACCGCAUUCGCGAACAACAAUUUUGGCACAGGGCCUAUGACAGCCAACAAUGUCGUGGGGAAUCAAAAGUUCCAGGCCAACUACGGAACUGGAAAACAAUUCCAAGCCGAAACCCAAACCUUCCACAUGGGUAAGGACGAUUAGAUAGUCCAAAAAACGUGUACAAUUGUUAAUACAAGGUAGAAAAUCAACGUGUCGACCGUCA